AUGAGUGAGCACACGAGCACCCAUGCUGACUUGCCGCCCAUGUCUCGUGCCGACCUCGCUCCAGGGUGGGUGUUGGCGGCUGCGCCACGGACGACACCCACGACGGAGCUGGCUGCAUCCGUUCCCUCCAGCGCGUCUGCUGACGCUGCGCCCUUUGCGCGUCACCUCGUUUCCACGAAGCGGGCAUCCAGCCGCGAUGUAGAGCCGUAUCAGGCUUGUCGAGCACAGGUGGACCAGCUGCUGGAGCUGCAGAGCGAGCAGGUGGGUCUCGCUCAGUCCUUGAGGGCCGCGCUGCGCGUCGCGCCCAUGCGGGCGAGCACCGCAAAACGAGUCAUGGAUAACGUUGAGAACAUUGCCCCGGACUGCCACGGUUGUAGCGGCAGCAGCAGCAGCAGCAGCUCACGUCAGCAAAAGCCGCCGAGUGCCGGCACCGAAGCAGACUCCCAACCAUCACCAACACCGUCAUCGUUGCCAUCGUUGGUGUCCUCUGUUACGUCUCUCGUGCACCGCCUGCAUGUUCUCCAGCGCGAGUCCGCCGAGUUUGCCGCCACCCGAUGCUUGCCUGCACUUGCGGAGCUCUUCGCCACCUUUGAGGCGUACUGGGUCUGGAAGCGCUCUUCGAUGUGCGAUGGCGGUGUGCAGGAAGAGGAGGAAGCCAGCGCCACACUUGCCGCUGCGAGUUCAGCUUCCACGCACCGUGCCAUGGACGGCGCUACGACACCGAGCCAGGCGGCUCAGAAACGGCCCAGCCAGCAGCAGCGACCGCCAACGCUGCGUCAGCGCUACGAUCAGGCGCUGCGUGUUCGUGACGAGCUCCUCAGCUUCCUGCAGCUACACGCCGAGGCGGUGCGUGCCUUGGAUGUGCAGCUGGAGCAGUGGCGCCAAUGUCGUGGCUCUGAGCCGGCGGCAAAGUCUGCGAGAGGAUGGCUAACAGUAAGCCCUACGGGCACCAGUGGCGUACCUGUCGCUGUGCCACAUGAUGCCAACGCGCAGACCCGCACCCAGCGGUGUGAGUUCGAGGCUUAUGUCUGUCAGCUUGUAGAGGUGUCACAGGCGACACACCACAUCGCGCAACUUCUACAGGCUGCGCUACGGGCGUUGUGUCGUCCUUCUCCGCGCACUUCUCGGCCCUCACUCAAGCUGAGCGCGGAUGCAGUGGUGGAGGACGAGAGCCUCUCCAGUUCCUCGAAAGCGCCACGGCAGGCGGAGGCGAAUGCAGCCCCCUCGCCCGGCACCGAUGAGCGGCGGUUUGUUCGACUGCAAGCUCGAUCUUCCGUCAACACAGGCGGGCUGGCCAACAGUCGCACGGACGCAAAGCGUGUCAGCGCGUAUCCCUCGACGGAGGGCAGCGGCAGACCAUCAUCGUCACCGGCGCCUAACACCAGUGGUACUGUGGGACGGCCGGAGUGCGUCCUCCGCAGUCUGUCGACUCCCAAAGCUCGAACCCUGAGAGGAUGUGCAAAGCCGACGCCAUGCGGCGACGCCAGAUCGGUCAGCGGCACUGCGGGCGACGCACAAUGCUCCUGGAUAGAUGCACUGUCGCCUCUCACUCCGCCUCCGACCGCUGCGACGGCUUCAGCGAGCCCGUCAGCUUCUCCAUCACUCCGAAUAGAACACAGUGAACCACAUCAGCAGCUGCGGAGACAGCGACACGGUCGGGGUCGACUGUCACCCUCACCUUCACCACCAGGUGCCGCGGCUCAGGCGGAGGGCAGUGCUUCGCCGGAAGCCGCCUCGCACUCGUCUUCGCUGUACGCGGCCCAGUCCACUGCUGGUGACGUUUCGCUAUCGCCGCUGACGGUGCAACGUGGCACUGCCGCCGUCGUGCCGGCGCACUCGAGGGAGGAGAGCGCCGACAGGGAGCGUCAUUGCCCUGUUCCAAUGCCUUCCUUUUCCUCUUGGCUGGGAGGGCCAGGCGACGCUGAGGAGGACAGUGACGUUCAGGCUGCGGUGACGCCGGUCAUCACCAUGCGCCUUGCAGCCACUGGAUCAGCGACGCGCAACCUUGGCGACGAUGUAGCGAGUCGCUUGAGCGCCAAUGCAGAGCAUCCGCCAAGGUCGGGGCGCCACAUUGUUUCUCAAGACGGUGCUCGCUCGCUACUGCGUGAGUUGGCCUCAGCCUCAGCCGAUGCUGCGGCCGGCGCGGAUGAGCCGCUGCCCACGUGCCCUCAGCCACUCGUCAGUCGUCGCCGCGACGUCCCUGAUGUGCCCGCAUUCGCCGACAGCACUCGUGAGAGCUCUGCAGAGGUGACAGCCAACGCACCGGGCGUGACGGCCGUCUAUGUGCCACCACCGUCCGAGCAGCCAGCGAGCUGCCACGACGACGCUUCAGUCACUGCCCUCACACCAGUGAUCGUUGAUGUGGCGAAGAGUGGAGAGGGCCACGCGGCAUCACAGCCCUUUCCACCCCCGCCCCCUCCGCUGCAGCGCGCUUCAGCGAUGCAUACAGCGGCCGCUGCGGCAGCGACGCGUGCAUCUGUGUCCCGCAACACGAGCAUGUCUCUGCACCUCCUGUCACCGCGAUCACUCUCGAUAGACGGCUCCGCGAGUCGCCGCACGACGUGCAAUGAGUGCGGCGGUGCAGGGCAAGAGGGCCUCUCCAGUGCCGUCCGCGCAGCCUCGAUUUCGACAUCCCUGUGGCCGCGGCUGCAUCACAGAGCGGUAUCGCUGUCUUCCUCUUCUGCCGCAUCGGUGCUACCCUCCGCCGAUGUUGCGGGAGGUGCCCAGGUGGCGCGUAACACCACGGCGUUGGUGUAUACGCCAAGUCACGCACUGACGAACGAACCAGAGGGCGGUGGGGGCGCAGCGAGCACCUACUCCACCUCGCGCACCGUAGACCCGAAUUUCUACACAGCGCGUGCCAGCGGUGCUGGCGUCUCGCCACCUCCUGCCCUUGCUGCCACCUUUCAUGGGUCUGCGAGCUCUGCGGGGCGGGAACCGUCGCCGACACCGCUAGAACCGACCCAGUACCCCGAGCAGCAGCAGCAGGGACGACAGGCACGCCAUGCACAAGAGUGGGUCCGCACUUUUAGCCCCACGCCCCUGCCGCUGGACAGCCUGGAGAGGGAGCUAGAUGAGGUUCAGCAGCGUCUUCAAGUACCCGCACCACCGCCGCAUAGCUCACCGGCGCUCUCCGCAAGCAGCGCAGCGUCGGACAACCACACUGCGCCUUGGCCGCAGCGCCGUUCGCUGGAGGAUCGCGCGAUGCUAACCAUGCGAGAAGAGCUCAAGGCUCUGCGUGCGGAGCAGCGUUAUAGCUUACACAAGAUGCGCAAGUACGUCAAGCACACGCUUGAGGAGGUGGCUGAAGCGGUCUCUGCACUGAGCAGCCACAACCACAGCAGCAGAGGCAGCAGCUGCGCAAGCAGCCGAAGUCAGCGCUCUGGGACAGCACACGAGGGGAACGACAAUGACGCUGAUGCCUCUGCCGCAGGCGCGAGGGUCACCGUGGCAGCAGAGAAGCAGCGACACGCCUCACAUGCGUCAGAGCAGGCCCGAGCCGACGCAUUUGCGAAGUCGAACGAAGCGGCAAGUGCAUCGGCUGCCAUCAAGCUGAGCGGCAACUCAGCGACUCCCCCUUCUCGACUCUCGACCACCCAGCAGCAGCAGACGGCGCCUGCUGUGCCUGCAUCUCCGCCAUCGAAGGCAGCGGAGCUGCAGCGUUCCUUGGCCGUGGCGGAGGCCAAGUCAGCGCGACUCGAGCAGCUCACUGUGCAGCUGAAGAAGCGGUUGUGGAUGGCGGAACUGUCACGGCUGUCACCCACGUCGGCGACACCAGGGGCGGGAGAGCUGACGGCCACAGCAAAACGGCACCUUAGCCUGCGCGAUGCGUUUGUGUACGGCCUCUCGAGUGACGCCAGCGACCCAGAGGAUUAUGACGGCAGCCGGCCAAAAACUGGGCAGGCAAGCGGAGGUGUGGGCUAUUCUGACGAAGACGGCUCGGCUGCCGAUGGCGUAGCGGCCGAGGAGCGGGCAAUGCUGUACCUAGUAGACCGCGAGCUGGGCUACCGCACUGCGCUGGAUGCCCGCGCUCACUCUCAGCGUCGCCCGAGCGCACUUCGCCAGACGACGAGUGAGGCAUAUUCCUCUUCGCGCCUGGUGCCGUAUGAUGGCAGGCGCUCUUCUUCCACGGAGCACGAGCGCUCGCCCAACAUGCGGUGCUUUGAAGACGACACAGCUACCUACCAUGGGCUGGCAGUCACCUCGACGGGUUCCGCAGGCAUCGCCGGGGGAUACAGCGGCCGCCGACUUUGCUCGAGCUCUGCAGCACCCAUCGGCGCUAUCAGCGGCACAACGGCAACGCGGUCACUCGGCAUUCUUCAGCAGCGUGCGUCCAUCUUUCAAGUACUGCGUCAGAAUCAAGCCGCAUGGGACGCGCAGUCGUCUGCAUCGACGGGGCCGCAGCAGCAGCAGCAGAGCGAACGCUCUCAGCUCUGUCCACCACCACCGCUUCAACAUUGUUCUGCAAACACAGUGGCGGAAGUGUCUGGAGAACUUACGGCAUCGGUGCCGUCGAGAGCGCAUUCAUCGCCACCGAGUGCGACUCCGCAACCUCGUCCGCACCCUUACAACGCAGACCCCGCGUCGAGCAGGCACGGCAGAGAAGCAAACGGAGGAGCAGCAGUCGGCUUUCCGAGGCAACGUGUCUUCCCACACUACUACACCGCGAUCUCUGGCGGCAGCGACACCGGCUUUGUCUCCGGGGCAGAGCUGCAAGCAUCCACCUCGGCCAGCGCACUUCGCGCCGAGCAGGUGUUGCAGAAUGCGAAGCGGCUCUUGCAGCGUCGAAGUGCGUCCCUAGCUGCGGGGCAUCACAAUAUCAGCGACAACUCGCACACCAGUGCGUCGCUCUCGGGGGCCUUGCAGUCCUCCUUGACUGUCGCAUCAUCACCCCAGAUGCGAGCAAACGCCGGGGAUCACCGCUCUGAGAUGCCUUAUCACCACGGAGAGGGUGCAACAGGAGGCGUGUCGGCGGCCCUUGUUGGCCGCUUCAGCCGGCCAGGCCAGUGGGGUGAUUGCGUGGAGCAGCUUGACGGUGCCACACCUCCUCCACGCGCCUUUGCGGCGCCAGCUCUGCAUUCUGGCAUGACAGACGCGGCCACGGCUUUGCAGCGUGUCAGCGGCUCGCUGGAUCGUGGCGCAGACAGCAUCUCCGCGGCUGACAGUGGGCAUGGGCCGCGCUCGCACCCUUCGUCGCCGGAGAGCGCCUACCACGGCUAUGAUACAUCCCCAUGCUCUGCCGUGGCGUAUUCCACCAGCAAAAUACCGCGUCCCUCUUCCCCAUCCGCCGCCAAAGCCGCGCCGAAGUGGACGCAGCAGUGGUGCACGCCGACGUCGACGGCCGCGGGCCCGCCGCUGCUGGCCGAUGUGUCCCGUGCGACGACAAGUGUAGGGCCGCCAAGACACGCGCAACACCGUGUCGACAGCGCCACGUCGCCAAUCUCCCGCGACGGUGCUGAGGUCAGGACAACGGCGGGCCGCGGAGAGCGCGACGCCUACAUCCACAGCGACGGCGGCUUGCACCAUCGCGAGCUCAGCGCACGCACCGUCACGACUUCUAUCGAGGGCGACUACAGCCCACCGUCGGACCGCACCACGGACACACGUAGCACAUGCGGGUUCCGCAGCUCUUCUUCACCCUUGGAUGCUGCUGUAGAGCAACAUGUGCAUGACAGCCGGCAAGAAGUACCGGUGGCCCUGACAUCGCGGGUGGGUCAAAGUACGAGUCGCCGCACCUCGUGCUCAACGUCAUCUACACUGUCGUGUGGCUCUGCUCAGCAGGAGUUGCUGGACACGCUGGAAAAUCAGGAGUCCACCUUGGCAGCAGCCCUGAACCACCUUCAGGAGCAGCAGAGGCAGGUGAGGGAGAAGCAUCAGCAGGUGUCGCUACUGGCAAAGCAGGCAGCCCUCGUCGCCCCUGCGCGGGCGCCAUUACGGACGCCUCGUGACGACUAUCAACGCGCCGCCGGAUCUGCUGCUGCUGCUGCUGCGACGACAAGGAAACAGUUAACGCGCACCUUCAGUAGAGACCGCCGCGGCAACGCGUCAGCGGCAGGGACCUCUUACGCCUCAUCGGACCUCCGCCAUCUGCUGGAGCGAUUUGCAGCGGCGGAGAUGUCAUUGGCCGAACGCGAGCGGCGAGUACGAAAGGCGUUGCGGGUGGUGCAGCGGCAGCGAAGUGCCCUGUCGCGUGAUGACCUCCUCUAG